GUUCCAACAGAAGCACAACUCCACCGGGAGAAAUUUGGACAGCGUUCUAAGAUGAGUUCCGUUAGUUUACAACUCACUGGGGCAGGAGGGGCAGGUUAAAGUUUGCACAUCAGCACCGUACAGCGCUUUCAUGAGGGUCUUGGAGGGGUUUUGGACUUUGCGGACAUGAAGACUCGACCAGCUGGGAUUGGAGCUGUUAACGCCGAUUGGAUGGGGUCACUGCCCACCAGGCUCAGUGGCAUGCCACUCAAACACCUCGCGGUUCCAGGCUCCCAUGACUCGUUUACCUACUGGGUGGACGUGCACGCACCUGUAGGUCCUGAUCAGAAGGUCUACGUUAAGUACCUGGCCACCAUGUUCAGCGUUUUAGCCAAGAAGGUGAUGGUGAAGUGGUCCAUGACGCAGAACCUGACGUUUAAGGAGCAACUGGAUGCAGGAAUCCGCUACUUCGAUCUCAGGGUCUCCUCCAAACCAGGCGAGCCAGGUCAUGACAUCUUCUUCAUCCAUGGUCUGUUUGGACACAAGGUGAGGGAUGGCCUCAUCGAAAUAAACUCCUUCUUAUGCCAGCACAGGAAAGAGGUGAGAGGUGAACUGUUGGGUGUUUUAACACAGGUGAUCUUUUUGGACUUCAACCAUUAUUAUGCGAUGGGUCUGGAUCACCAUGAAUAUCUUAUUAGGACGCUUCAAGAAGUGUUUGGCAGUAAGCUUUGCAAGAACUGUGAAGUGGAGCUCAUCACUUUGGACUAUCUCUGGGAGAAGAAAUACCAAGUAAUUGUUUUCUACCAUCAUCCAUCAGCUCAGGGCGUCCCUGUGGUGUGGCCUGGCAACAAGAUCCCUGCACCCUGGGCAAACACAACUGAACCCAGCAAGCUCAUUCAGUUCCUGGAAAGCACACUGAAGCAAAGAGCUCAGCAGGGAUCCUUUCAUGUUUCCCAAGCCAUUCUUACACCCCGUGUCAACACUGUGGCCAGGGGUCUGGUUUGGGGUCUGCGUAAUUACCUGGUGGAAAGAAACCUCCCAGCUAUCAUGUCCUGGGUGGAGGCUCAGAAGCCGGGCUCAGGCGGGGUCAACAUCAUCACCUCCGACUUUGUGGAGCUCACGGACUUUGCCAACAUUGUCAUCAAACUCAACAACCUGCUGUUGUCGGAACACAAGCCCAAACCGAGAUGACGACCACAGGACAAGGUGUGCUGACUCACACCACACAGUGUCCAUUCCAUACUGUUAUUGGAAUGUAUUUAUUCUGAGACGUUUUGACUUCAAAUGUGGUAAAGACAUUGAUUUUUG